AGGUUUACGACUACACAUCUUCCUCGCAUUCUGCAACACUAAAGGAAUCCCCAGCACUGGUAACAUCCAGAUGGUUGCCUGCAGAUUCAAGUGAACGCCGAUCUGAGUACGUUUGCGCCACACAGUAGCUAUCCGGAAGAUGGUGCGGGAGUGGCUCAGAGGGACCCAUCAGCCGGGAGACACAGGAUAAAUUUCCGGGGCGUCCACACCAUGGGCACGUUCUGUUGGACUGCGCAAAUCUGGCUCCUCAUGGCGGCGGCAGCAGCGGCAGCGGCAGACAAUGAGACGUCCACUGCGCCACUUCCGGAAGCAGAGCCGGCACUGUCAGCGGUCACCACGGUCCCGCCUCCGGCUACGCCCCUCUCUGCCAUGAUGUGGUCAGUCCAGGCACUAACAAGCACUCUGCCACUAACCACGCUUCCUACAACUGCACCCACCACGGCAACGUACACAGUUGCACCAGACGUGGUAACAACUCGCGUGACGCAUCAUAACUUACCCUGGAUACCAUCAGUGCACCAUCAUCACCAAGGGACGCGUUGGGGCCCCUAUUUCGAAGAAGGGGCGGAGCCGCAGAAUGUGACUGCACGAGUUGGGUCCACCGUACGUCUGGACUGCAAGAUCGGCAUGCUACAUGACAAGACGGUCACAUGGAUGCACCGGAGGCAUGACUCUAUGCACCUGCUAACGGUUGGUCGGCAUGCGUACAGUACGGACCAAAGAAUCACGCUCAGUUUCCGUUAUCCCAACAACUGGCGACUGGAAAUCAAGUACGUGACCCGACGUGACGAGGGCCACUACGAGUGCCAAGUGGCGACGCACCCUCCGCGGGUCAAGAAAGUGUUCCUCAAUGUCACAGCCCCGGAAGUGGUGAUCAUGGACGAGAACAACCACGAGGUGUCGGAGAGGUACUACAAGGCAGGCAGUGCUGUGGAACUCACGUGCAUCGCGACCCAAGUGGAGGAGCCAGGCGACUUCGUCAGCUGGCGUCACGGUGACGUUGCUCUCGCGAAGGGAAUAAGUAUGAACGUGAGUCUGAGUGCUGGCAGUGUGGCCACCACACUCACAGUGGACCACGCUCUGAAGCAGCACUCUGGCAACUACACAUGUGCAGUUGGAAGUCUCGCUUCAGCUACUGUUGCCGUGCACAUACUCAAUGGUGAGCUGCCAGCCGCGGUUCACCACGGAAAUGCGGCCUGUGAGCAGCCCCGCCCCGCGUGGGGUUGGGUAACUCUGUUCCUGGUACUUCACAUCGCUGUCUGCAGGUGACACUACAGCCGUGUGUAGCGACCGCCACUUCACUUGCAAUUCAAGCGGCUGUCCCUGAGCGCCAUGAGGAGGCGUCUUCACCAGUGGGCUUCUGGCGCAUGAAAAUAUCGGAUGUUUGAAUAAGCAUAAGAAGAAUUUGAAGCACAUUCCGCCUCUAGACAGUUCAUCCAUCACCCAGACAGUUGCAUUUAGCUAAACACGGCAACAUAUCUCUCCUUUAAGGGGAGCACAACGUCUUGAAUACAAACAGAAGAUGCGUGAUUGAGAAUAGACAAUUUUCUUGUAACCAAAGGGGAAGGUUCUUGAAUAGUCUUAGUCAUUGCACAUAGGAGUUGUUUUCACAGUUCUUCUUUUACUUUUAUAAAUAUCUUAUCUUGUUGUAAAAUACUUGACAGAAAAAAACGGCGUGUUUUCAUAUUCUUUACGCCUCAGCACAUGCACAGAAAUUCAAAGGAUCCUCACAUUUCGUUCUCUAAUGAUCAUUCAAAACAUAUCUAUAAAGUAAAGAAAUUCCAAUUGUCAUUCUCAUGAUCUCGUAACUGUAUUGACCUUUUAAGUGCUAAAUUAUAUCUGUAUUAAAUUGAGGCAUGGUCAGCUUCAUGCUCGGAUCGCUUUGCCCUGGGGAAAACGUCCUCUGUAUCCAUUGGUUAGAGAAGUGUUUAUCUGUCUUUUUAUAAGUACCCCUUUUUAAAGAAAAAUAUUUUUGAAGUGCUCCAAAUACCUACAGUUUUCAAAUAUCCUAUUCUUUCUACCACUACAACAUACUUGAUUAAAUAAUUUAAUAGUAGGUGGCUGUUUGGAAGAAACUGCAAAAUAUUUAUUAGUUAAAAUUUUAAGAAGAAAGAAAGACAUUUAACUUGUGUUCACGUACCCUUCGCGUACUCCUAAAAGUACGCGUACCACGGGUUGAUAAACACUGGGUUAGAAGAUUGAAUGGAUCCCAGAGCCAGUCCCGAUGAAGCAUCAAUAAGAUAAUCCUCUGCGUGGAAUAGCGGCUGUAAACCCCAUAUCCUAGCCUGAUUUAUCAAUCAGGUUUUAAUUCAAAUACAAUUAUUUUCUCUGUGGUCUAGUGGUCAGAGUUCCUGCCUACAGAUCCAGAAUUCCCGGGUUCGA